UAUGAUUAAACUAAAAUUAUUUAUAAUAUUUAUUUUCGCAACGAUCCUGCACGAAUCCUUUGGAAAAGUGACGUGGACAUAUGAAUUUAUAUCUGUUACCAUAAAUAAAUCUGGAACAGACUACGUAGAUAGCGAUUUGAAAAUUAUACGCAUCUCACGCGGAAAAUACGGUGUAAAUGGUUUUGUUCAUUUUAAACAAGACACAACGGAUAAGUGGAUAGCAAAUGUCACGACACUACAAAGUCUUUCUGGGAACAAUAACUACAAACCAACGCCGUUUGAGGUACCAACGGACACAGUUCAUAACAUUAUUAAUGGGCCUUAUAAGCGAUUUGUUAUGAAGUCAUUAAGGAAUUGUACAACAAAUGGAGUAUAUUUUGAAGGAAAUUUUGUACCUCCACUAACAAAACGUCGCAUUUCAGUUAAUAAGUGCAAUAUAAAUACGGAUGAUUGGCCUUACCUUUCCAGUGGUGUAUAUAAAUUUAUUUUGCAACUCUUACAACCACAAUAUACAAGCUGGGAAUUUCUUAUAAAAAUCACUUCUAAUAUGACACCGUCUUAAAACAAUUUCUGUAAUCUGAAGGAGAUAAGAAUUACAUUUUAUUGUAAUUGAUCAUUGCAAACUAUUUCAUUAAUGUUUAAUAAAUUAAUUAAUGGUCCUAAUUGUAAAUUGGUAUUAACAGAAGAAUUAAGCAAU